AUGCCACUAUCUGGUUGUCCCCCUUGUCCGGGCCCUCAGGUGUACACAGGUGGCUGGGGUGACCUGGACGGGGUGAUCCGCUGCCAGGUGGGGGAGGUGCUGCACUAUGAGCUGGGAGAGGAGCCGAAGCCCAGGAGAGAGGCUGCGGUCUUCGACAAACCCACCCGCGGAACGUCUGUGGAGAAGUUCCGCGAGAUGGUUUUCAAUCACCUCAAGUCAAAGCUGGGCGAGCAGGCUAGUCUGGCCAGCCUGGUGACCCAAAUUUUCAGCGUCGCUGACGGCAACAAGGACGGCCACGUCUCGCUCCCAGAGGCCCGUUCAGCCUGGGCUCUUCUCCAGUUGGAUGAGGUGCUGCUGGGGCUGCUCCUCCAGGAACGGGGCCACACCCCCCGUCUGAUGGGCUUCUGUGGAGACCUGUACAUGACCGAGAGGGUACCCUAUGGCCCCCUUUACGGUGUCAGCCUCCCCUGGCUCCUGGAGGCCUGGGUCCCCAGUGGGGCCCGACGCAGCAUGGACCAGUGGUUCACCCCCUCGUGGCCCCGCAAGGCCAAGAUCUCCAUGGGCCUCCUGGAGCUGGUAGAGGACAUCUUCCACGGCAACUAUGGCAGCUUCCUCAUGUGCGACCUGAGCGCCGACCACUUCGGCUACACGGACCGCCACGACUUCCGCCUCACCGACCCGAGGGCCAUCAUCUCUGAGGACGCGUUCAGGCGAACCAUGCGCGCGCUGCACUGCGAGAAGGACGACGACUGCGUGUUGGGGGCGGACUGCCGUACGUCAUGCGAUGUCGCUCAGAGACGAUGCAGGGAGGAGGUGACCCAGCCCAACCUGGACAUUAGACCGAGUAGGUGA